AUGGGCACAAAUAAAUUAGCAGAUUGGAUUCAUAAAGGAUCAUUAUUAUUAGAAAAUAAUCAUUCCAAUAGAUAAAAAGUAAAACCUUAAGUUCCUAAAUCGGCAGAACGACCACUAAUUUAUGAACAAAAAAAAAAGAACUAUAUAGAAACUAAUAAAAUUUAUACAAUUCUUUCAACACCGAGACAACCAUAAAAAUAAACAGAUUGGUUAAAAAAAGAAACCUAUGGAAAAGUCCCUCAGUAUUUGAGCAAUAUCAAAUAGAGAAUCUACUAAUCAUUUCUGCAAUAACAAGAAGAUUAUGCUAAUUAGAAUAACCAUUUUAAAUUGUUAUCAGAAUCAGAAUUGCAUGAAAUUAGAAAAGGACUUAAAUAGAGAUAUGAUUUGAUAAAUUUUGAAUACUAGAAAUACUCUCAUCACAAGAAAUUUGAUAAUGUCAGUUUAAGAAGAAAAUAAGAAUAAUAUGAGAGGGAACUAGAUCAAUUAGAAAAAGAUAUGGAAAAAGUAAAUAAGUCUUAGGUUUAUGUCAUAAAAUGA